UGUCCUGAGGUGUCCGUGGUCAGAGCCGAGAAGGGGUCACUGCUCCAAGAUGUGCUCCAGACAAAGUGGGUGCCACGGCUGCGGCUGCUGCUGCUGCUGCGGGGGGAGCUACCAGUCCCAGGGCUCCUCCGGCAGGGGAGGAGGCGGAUCCUGCUGCGGCGGAGGAUCCUCCGGCGGAUCCGCCCAGAAGAUCAUUAUUAGCUCUGGUGGCGGAGGAGGAGGCGGUGGUGGAUCCUCCGGAUGCUGCGGUGGCGGAUCCAGUGGUGGAUCUUCAAAGAGCAUGAUGGGAGGUGGAGGUAGUGGAGGAUCCUCUGGAUGCUGCGGCGGAGGUGGUAUGGGAGGAGGGUCCAGUGGCGGAUCUUCAGGAACCAAGAUCAUCAUGGGAGGUGGAGGUGGCGGUGGAUCCUCCGGAUGCUGCGGUGGUGGAUCCAGCGGUGGAUCUUCAAAGAGCAUGAUGGGAGGUGGAGGAGGUGGUGGAUCCUCCGGAUGUUGCGGUGGUGGAUCCGGUGGUGGCUCUUCUGGGAUGAAGAUCAUCAUGGGAGGUGGAGGUGGUGGUGGAUCCUCUGGGUGCUGUGGUGGAGGAUCUAGUGGUGGCUCCUCAAAGAGCAUGAUGGGAGGUGGAGGCGGUGGUGGAUCCUCUGGAUGCUGCGGGGGCGGAUCCGGUGGUGGCUCUUCUGGGAUGAAGAUCAUCAUGGGAGGUGGAGGUGGAGGUGGUGGAGGGUCCUCUGGAUGCUGCGGUGGAGGAUCUGGUGGUGGCUCCUCAAAGAGCAUGAUGGGAGGUGGAGGAGGUGGAGGAUCCUCUGGGUGCUGUGGAGGAGGAUCUGGUGGUGGCUCCUCAAAGAGCAUGAUGGGAGGUGGAGGCGGUGGUGGAUCCUCCGGAUGCUGCGGUGGCGGAUCCGGUGGUGGCUCUUCUGGGAUGAAGAUCAUCAUGGGAGGUGGAGGUGGUGGUGGAUCCUCUGGGUGCUGUGGUGGAGGAUCUAGUGGUGGCUCCUCAAAGAGCAUGAUGGGAGGUGGAGGAGGUGGAGGAUCCUCUGGGUGCUGUGGAGGAGGAUCUAGUGGUGGCAGUGGGGGAUCAGCCCAGAAGAUCAUCAUCAGCUCUGGCGGUGGAGGAGGAGGAGGAGGCUCCUCUGGAUGCUGCGGAGGGGGAUAUGGCGGUGGCUCUUCAGGAGGGAAGAUCAUCAUGGGAGGUGGAGGCGGUGGCGGAUCCUCUGGAUGCUGCGGUGGAGGGUCCGGCAGUGGCUCCUCAGGCCAGACCAUCAUCAUCAGCUCUGGAGGUGGCAGCGGAGGCUCCUCCCAGCAGAAAUGUCCCAUUGUCAUCCCCCAGACCAAGCAGACCUCCCACUGGCCCUGCCAGCAGAAGUAACAGCCCUGGGCACUCUGUUCCCAUUGGGAACGGCUGAGUCUUUGCCCUCUGAAUCCGACCCCAGCACAUCCCUGUCCCUUGUGUUCCCUUGGUGCUGCAUCCCUGUGCUGUGAACUCCCAGGUGGCUCCUCUGUGCCAUAAAUGUGACGGGAAAUAAAGAUUUCUGUGCACAGA